UCCAGGUUACAAGUCUCGGGUCCAUCAUCAGAGGAAGUCAGGAAGCUUCUGGAGGCAGGAACUGAAUCAGACGCCAUGGAGGGAUACUGCUUCCUGUCUUGCUCUUUGUGGCUUAGUCAUCACACUUUCUUAUAGCACCCGAGAUGACCAACCCCUGGGUGGUACUGUCCUCAGUGAGCUUGGUCCUCCUAUAUCAAUCAUCAAUCAAGAAAAUGAACCACAGGCUCGCCCACAGGCCAGUCUGGUGGGGGCAGUUUCUCAAUUGAAGUUCCCUCUUCCCAAAUGACUCUGGCUGGUGUCACAGUGACAUAAAACUAACCAGCAAGCCAAGUGGAGAGCGGAGAGGAGGAGGCUGGAGCGGGUCAGACAGCUGCACAGGGAGCCCGGGAGUAGGUAGGAUCAGGGUGAGCAAACUAUGCUAUUCUCUUCUGCCCCUCAGUAUUUGUGUCUCGGGUGGAGGAAACCUUGGAAAAGCAGACCCAGGCUUUUCCAAAACCAGAGAGGGGAAUGGGGAAAGGGAAGGGAUCCCACAGUGACAGAAGGCAUUUGAGGGAGGAAACCUGCUAAAACCCAUCUGCCGCUUCAAACUCCAACUAGCCAAUAAAGAAAUCUGUUUAGCUGAUGUUGCCAGGCCCUGACACAUCCCUCUGGGGCAGCAGGGAAUCCGAUCUAUGAGAUGACAUCCACUUGUCCUCAUUCCUCUCACUGAGCUUUAACUUAACUUGUAUUCUCUUUGCCUCAGUGAGACCUCUGCCACCUUGAGGCAGUCCUGGGUGGGGGGAUUCGACAGCUCUGCCUAGGCCUAAACUCUCCUGGGAUCUCUGCUUAUACGGGAAAAAGAACAGAACAGAAAGAAAAGAAAAGAAAAGAAAAGAAAAGAAAAGAAAAGAAAAGAAAAGAAGUCAGUACUCCGCCCUCUGGACAGCACAAACCAACACAAUGCAUUCUUGUUCUCUUUGCUUCCAUCUCCCUCCCUUCCUCAUCUCUCUCUUCUCCCCAUCUCUCCUUCUCUGUCAUCUCCCUACAUCAGCACCCCUGCCCUCGGGCUUGCUAAACUUCCAGUCCUGCUGAGAUACUUGUGUAGCCGAGUCAGCCAGCCAGCCCAAAGGCACACCCUUCUACCACCAUCUUCUCACCAAACCCACCAUCAGCCACCUUCUCUGUCCAAUAGGCUUCUCAGGAUGGAUGUCACUCGCCUGCUCCUGGCCACCCUAGUGGGCUUCUUUUGCUUCCUUACCGUCUACAGUCACCUGGGACCCGAGGAGACGCUCAGCGAUGACCGGAGUCUGAGAAGCAACUCCUCCGUGAACUCGUUGGAUUUCUCUUCAGUUUCGAUAGUGGCACUGAACAAGAAAUCCAAGAGGAUCAGCAGAAAAGAAGCCGAGAAACGGAAGAGAUCGUCCAAGAUGAACGCUUCGCUGAAGAAGGAGGCACGGCCCCCGCCCCCGACGCCCUGCGUGGCCACCCGAGACAGCUGCAAGCCGCCUGCGCCCGCCUGCUGCGACCCGUGCGCCUCGUGCCAGUGCCGCUUCUUCCGCAGCGCCUGCACCUGCCGCGUACUCAACCCCUACUGUUGA